UGUUGACACAGGCAGAGUUUGGGCAGCCGCUCUGAUAACAAGGACCUUUAUAAGUCAGAUGAGAGGAGAAGCCACUCUGCAGACCCCUGAUCCUCAGAAAAAUGAACAUGCAUCUGAAAGUCUUGAUCUUCACGCUGUCAUUUUUGACAACUUCAGCAUACCCACUCCACCGUAACACUAGGGAGGCUACCUGGACUGAUUCAAAGACCAACCAGGCUCAUGAUAAGACAGAACUUACAAAGGAUGAGGAUAGAAUCUACAAGACCCACAUAGACAGCAGUGGCCUUUACAACCAAGAUGAUCACAGCAAAAAUCAUGUGGCAGAAGAGAUGCAACACAAGCUCAACAUGGAGUCAGAGCGUCUGCGUGCCCGUCUGCGCCAAGAGCUGGCCGAGCUGCAGGAGAGGUUGUCUCCAUCUCCAGCACACCUCAGCUCCACCCUGGCUAGCAUGAGGGAGCGCUUGGCUCCCCUCACCCAGCAGCUCCAGAGCUCUCUCAGCAGCAAUACCCAAGAUCUGUGUGGCCAGCUGAGCCUCUAUCUGCAGGGCCUGGAGACAGCAGAGGCCCAGGCUGAGGCCAGUCCGGCUCUCUACCAGGAAGCCUUCCACUGGAUCAGCCAAACCCUGGAGCACAGCAGCUCCAAGGUGGCCGACAUCAUCAGAGACUUUCAUACUAAAACCGUUGGGGUGAUCGAACAUCUGAAAGAGAUCAGCACUAGUGAGGAGGAGGCAGCCAAGCCAGAGCUCUGGCAGGAAAUUAGCUCGAGGUUGGGACAGGAAGUGAGUUUAUUGAGGGUGGAGGCGCAGAACAGGGUAGGGGCUCUCAAAACAGAGCUUGCUGCUCUGCUAGAAACUGCACAGCCUCAUAGGGCUGAACUGACUGCCAGUAUGGAGCGGUUCUGCCAAAAUGCAGCCCUGCAGAGCCAAGUGUUUCAUGCCCGGAUAGAGAGGCUGUUUCAGGGGCUGGAGGAAGAGCUGGAGGUCCAGGGAGCCUCAAGCUUUUCUCCUUCUUCCUCCUCAUCUAUACAGACAGGUGGCACUUUGCAGGAGGACUUUUCAAUUAAACUCUCUGCUCUGAUUCAAGACAUUCUGCACUCAGUCUAGUGGCAGAGACAACAAAAUACUAAUUAACUGCCAUUAUGGUCACAUUAAAGUGAUUCUUGUAUUUUUGUCCAUGAAUUUUUGUUUUGUUCUUUUGCCCAUUGUACUAGCAAGUAAGUAAGUAAGCCUGUAAAUAUUUAUAAAUGUAUGUUUUUGAUUGAUGCUUCAUUCUGUAUGUGAAUGAGUGUAUAAAUGUCAGUGUAUAUUUACGCUAUGUAAAAAGAUGCUGCUUUUGAAGAGAAAA